AAGGCACAACGACAAGCCCACGUGGAGCAUACCUCUCUGCAAUGAUCAGAGUUUUUACGCAAUGAAAAAUAAUUUACCCUUGUUGAAAGGAGCACAGGUGUGUUAAAGUUGCCACGUGGGUUGGUGUGUAACAAGCCUGAAAAUGACAUGCAGCAGCACCGAUCCAGACACUGAAUCAUAGUUCAAAGGGAAGUAACUGCUGGAGAGGAAGGAAACUGUACCGGGACAAGCCGAGGUUUCCGGGUGAUAUAAAGGCAGAUUUGUAGAUCUGCCGACGUGUGCGGAGUGGAAAUAUUCAGCGAUCGGAAAUAUAGACGGAGAAUGAAGUUUGUGAUAUUUGGUUCAACUGGCCCGAGUGGACUGCAGUUGGUGGACGAAUGUUUGCAGCAAGGCCACCAUGUUACUGCUUUAGUAAGGAACCCCGAGAAGAUGACAGUGAAACACGAGAAUCUUACGGUAACUAAAGUUGACCUGGCCAAGGAAGAUGAACUGGUGCCCCAUUUUACCGGAAAUGACGCAGUACUAUCAUGUCUAGGAGCUCAAGCGGGCAUCUGGGUGCCCUGCUCGCUGUACACCGACAGCAUCAAGACCAUAACAGGCGCCAUGAGAAAAUGCGGAGUCAGCAGAUAUGUGGGCAUGUCGGCAUGGGGUACCAAACAUGAUCCUGGUCUCCCCUGGAUCAUUAGGUGGGUUUUGCGUCCCCUGUUUUUGAGGAACAUCUUGCCCAAUAUGGCGGAGAUGGAAGACUAUCUCACCAACAGCUGCACCGACAUUGACUACACCGUCGUCAGGCCGCCGGGACUCUCAAACGAGGAAGCGUCAGGUAAGGAGGUGUUGACACAUCAAGGUCAGUAUGUCCCGGAAGCAACUUCAAGGAUUCCCCGCCGUGAUGUUGCAAAAUUCAUGUUGAAGUGUGUCAUCAACGGCGAAUGGAAAAAGACACACGUGGCCGUCGGCAUCAAGUGAGGCCACAGUGAGGCAUUUCAUCUCCACACUAUCCGGAUCUGACGUAACACGAACUUACAUCAAAUGGCAUUAUGGGAAAACGGAGUCACCAAAACCUGAAGCUGUUAUAGUUCAACAUGUAGCUUGUAGCACCACAAACACAAUGUAACCACUCACUUCCACACGGUUACGUAGUAAAUCAACGACACCACAUUUUCUAAAAUAUACCUUAGGGAAAAGGUGCAAUGCACCUUACAAGUAACCAUUGCUAAUAUUUUUAUUGUAUUUUACCAUUUGUAUUUGGGUUCAAACAUAUGAACAAAGUGUUUGCUGACGUGUUAUUUGUACUGAAAAAUGAUUAUCUUUUAUCCUUUUUGGAAGAAUAUGAGUACAUAUUGACGCCAUACCUCACUAAAAGCAGAUCUUUGUUCUGGGUACCGCGAAAACAUGAUAUGUGGUCAUCUAAUAACAGGGCAAAUCAGGACAACCUUGAGUGUACUUCGACCAAUGAAAUGACUGGAAGGUGACAGCAGCCAAUCCGAAUACAGCUUUUUUCGAGCUAUACGGAAAUUUUCAAAAUGGCGACUUCCAUUCCAGACGAGGCUUUUGACAAAAUUCUCGUUUCAAGAAUGUCUAAUAGGUGUCCUCUAAGCUUUGUGGGCGGUGGGGUAGUUUAAUUGUUUUUACAUGCAUUAAAAGCAUUUCAAUGACUGAAAUACUGCCAAUGGGGUGAGAAUUUUAACAAACUUUGUCACUUCUACUUUUCGAGACAAUCAUCGUCUUUUAUCUCAGAUACAGAGCAUAGUAACGUCCUUUUAUCACCAGUUCUUGACACUGGCAUUUGACAUUAUUACCUGUAUUUGAUGCAGGUAUCCGUCAAGAUGUUUAUUAAGGGAUGGUCGGUUUUUUAUAAAAGUAUUUCUUGUGGAAUAAAUGUUAUGAGAUAACUCAGACUUACCAUGAACAUUUGAUAUGGAGAAUAUCUCGAACAUAGUGGUUCUGGUAAUAUAUAUAUCAAUAUGUCAAGUCGUAUGCAUAUAAAAACUCUACACGGUAAAAACGGGAUUAUUAUCGGUGCUAUGUGGAACUCUGCUUAUUUCGAACUGACUAUCUUUCGACGUAUACUCGACUUACUCAGUUUGUACGUUAAUUGGUACAUAUUGUGUUUUUAUCUCAUUAAUGGAACAUCGGCUCUCGAUGACUCACGGAGAUCACAUGUGUGCAAUGCAUGAAGCCCAUUUCUGGUGUGCCCCACUGUGAUAUUGCUGGAAUACUGCUAAAAGCGCCGUACAACUCACUCACUCACUCACUCACUCACGGAGAUCAACUGACGUACAUGUAAUGUGUGAAAGUGAAAUCCCUUUAAUCCGGACAAUUAUUGUCCGGGCUGACGAAUCAUUGGUAAAACACACGUCUCUGUUAAUGUAUACGUCCACGGGUUAUUACGGGGUUAAUCGUCAAUAAACAGUAAUUCGUGAUUGGCAGGGUCUCGAGUGAAAAGGUUCCAUUGUUAUUACACAUGGUGAAGUUUCUACGCAAUAAUUAUACGUCGACUGAUCACUCAGACAUACAAUAAACACAAUGACACAAUGAGAAAAUAUAUAUCUUGAUUUAUAUACAAAUGGUUUCGAUGGAGGUGUUAUUUCCAGAUCUACCAAAACCGCUGAAAGUUAAUAAUGUUGCAGUAACUAGUUAACAUAUUGCACAUAAACAGCUUUAGAAUGCACAAUGGAGUAUGUUUUUAUUGUUCAGAUGACACUAUACUUAACAAUUAUCUUCUUAUAGAAGAACCAUAUAUAUCUAUAUAUCUGUCGUCAUCAAAACUGGGACGAAUGCGUUUACCUGUUUAUAGAAUAAAUAUAUUCUUCAA